AUGGAGGAGGAGAUGCAGCCGGCGGAGGAGGGGCCCAGCACCCCCAAAAUCUACAAGCAGCGGGGUCCCUACAGCGUCCUCAAGACCUUCCCCGGCAAGCGGGCGGCGCUGGCCAAGCGCUACGAGAGAGCCGGCAUGGUGGAGAUGCCCCGCGGGCGCGCGGCGGGGCAGCCCUUUCCGCCCGCUGCCGAGCCGCUGCCCUACGCGCACGGCCCCUUCCCCGCCCGCCCCGCCGCCGCCCAGGGCCACCCCCGCCCGCCGCCGCCGCCGGCCCCCAGCUCCUCGGGCCGCUACGGCCCCUGCCCCGCGGGCGGCGGCGCGGAGCUGAGCGCAGAGAGUCGAAUGAUUCUGGAUGCCUUUGCCCAACAGUGCAGCCGGGUUCUAAGUCUUUUAAAUUGUGGUGGAAAACUACUGGACAACAAUCACUCUCAGUCAAUGAUUUCUUGUAUAAAGCAGGAAAACCCAAAUUAUAGUGAAAGACAAGAGCAAUGUCAGCUUGGAAAAAUGGUCCAUAGUCAGACGUCAGACAUUUUAGACAUAGAGAUGCAGUAUAUGCAAAAGAAACAACAAACCUCAGCCUUUCUGAGAGUUUUUACUGAUUCGCUUCAGAACUAUUUGCUUUCUGGGAGCUUCCCUUCUCAGAACACCUCGUCAGUAAAUGAUUUUAGCCAUUUGGCAGAUGUGGAUCCACUUUCAACCUCUCCAGUACACACUUUAGGUGGAUGGACAUCUCCAGCAACUUCUGAAUCUCAUGGUCACCCAUCAUCUUCUACGCUUCCAGAGGAGGAAGAGGAAGAAGAAGAGGAAGGUUACUGCCCUCGAUGUCAAGAGCUUGAACAGGAGGUAAUUUCAUUGCAACAAGAAAAUGAGGAACUUCGCAGAAAACUGGAGAGCAUUCCAGUGCCCUGCCAGACUGUUUUAGAUUACUUGAAGACUGUACUUCAGCAUCACAACCAACUUAUGGUACCACAGCCAACAGACCAUCCAACUGAGGGGAGCAAGCAGUUGCUGAACAACUACCCUGUCUACAUCACUAGUAAACAGUGGGAUGAGGCUGUAAAUUCAUCCAAGAAAGAUGGACGGCGGCUCCUUCGAUAUCUCAUCAGAUUUGUUUUCACAACCGAUGAGCUUAAGUACUCAUGCGGCCUUGGGAAAAGGAAAAGGUCAGUGCAGUCAGGAGAGACAGGUCCUGAAAGACGUCCUCUGGAUCCAGUAAAAGUAACAUGUCUCAGAGAGUUCAUUAGAAUGCAUUGCACUUCCAACCCUGACUGGUGGAUGCCAUCUGAAGAGCAAAUCAACAAGGUGUUCAGUGACGCAGUAGGACACGCUCGUCAGGGGCGAGCAGUGGGGACUUUCCUUCACAAUGGGAACUCAUAUUAUGAAGGGACUGACCAUCCGGGGUCACAGGACGAAGUCUUCAAUAGAGGUAUGCAAGAUGGAUCUGGUGAUUGACAGCAGUGAGAGAAAACUUACACAACAGUAGCAAGCAGUUAAUUUAGAAGAGACUAUUUGUUAAACAUACUUACCGUGAAGUCAUUUAAGAGUCCAAAGCAUGUUUGAACACAUACUGCGUACAUUUCAGCUUCUCCAUUCUAUCAUAUCCUCAUUUACAGAAAAAUCCACUUCAAAAUCUGCCCUAUGGGAUUUCUCAGUGCCUAUUAUUUGCAAACCCUUUGUAGCACCCCAAGGGGAAACUGCAGUUUGCUUCAUCUAGUUCUAGAGAAAAGAUCACUUAAAAAUUACAAAAAUUUCAAAAGAAACAAAAGCUGCCGUUUUAUUUGCAUUUUUCUAACAGGCCCAGUUCUGGACCUUCAGACAUAACAACCAGAUACUAUUUGCUUUUCCUGAGAAGGAGAUGAAAGAACACAUCUCCUUGCUUGUGACAAUGAAAGAAGUGGUCACUCAUUUCAUAACAAAAAGUAGCACAAUUACAAAUGCUACCUUAAAAUACCACGUAAGACAGAAAAUUCAGGGGCAUCCUUUAGCCAACUAUACCAGGAAAUGAAGCUUCUUGCAUCAAACAACACCAGUCGUCAACCACAGAGUCCUUCAAAGGCCCAGAACAGUAACAGGCACUUCUAAUAGAUAAAAAUUUCUUUGUGUGUUAGAUAGAGACUAUGUUUACCUAGAUUUCUAGGGAAUUAGACUUGACCAUGACAUUUUUCAUCCCCCCCCCCAAAAAAAUUGCUAAAUUGCUAUUUUGUAUCCAGUCCUCAAAAUAGAUGAGGCAGUGUGAUGGUCUCAACAGUCAGAUGUUCAGUGGUGCAUUCAGGGAAGAGCUGAGUUAGAAAAACCUAAUUCAGCAUUUCUUUGUAAGAGAAGUAAGCCUGGGAUCCAGACUAAGAGCUGUAAAAAAAGGAUGUUUUCUAGAAGAGAAGCCAAUUCACAGCAGAAUACAAUAUGGAAACGGAUGCUGAUGUAAAGGAAAAACAAUCUGUCCUUUUCAAAUGUUUAAUUUCAAAGGCUUAGGAGUCCCAUGUCCCUCUAAAUUGAUGCACUCCUGAAAUACAUAAUGCCAAAGAAACAGUUCCUUCCUUUCAGCAUCAGGGUGUUUCCAUCUCUAUACCUUGGUCAGUUGCCCAGGCUGCUGCUGGUAUUGGUCAGUGCCUGGCCCAGCCUCCUUGGGAUGAUGUUUCCCAACAGAUGGGGAUGGGGAACUGGUUUUUGGAAAGAAAAUCCAAAUUUUGAUCAACUUCAGUGCUACCUCAUCAGUGUUUAUUCUCCUGAACGUGUGUCUCAUACUGCCCAACUUUCCCACCCAUCUUGCUCAAACCAUUGGAGAAGCUACUAAUUCCUCCUUCCAUCCUUCUCCUCUCUUUCCCAACCUUCACCCAUGCACUGGGCAGGGUAGGAAACACACAGCCCAUUCCCUUAACAGCCUGGAAGGGCCCUCUGCAGUGCAGUGCAGCCACGGCCCUGGCCUAGCUGGAGACGAGGACCUGGGGCACUCCCACAAAUGGCAGCUCACCCACAUCACCAUUCUGUCUUGGCAUUGGCCUCCUCGUCACCUGCUGCUACGAGCAGCCUACAGGCUUCGGUAUACACCCUGCUCAGCCAGGAUAUGCUUUAGGCCUUUAAAUGUCCAAUACCUCUUGACUUAUUUUAAUUUUGGUACUUCUUAAAAGGGGGCUGGUAGGCACUCAUCCAACGCAGACGAACCAGUUCAUUUUCUAACAUUAACAGCAGUUCAGUCACACUGCACCUUACCAGGCCAAGGGGUUUUGAGGCAGCAUCUCUCAUAGCAGGCAGAGGUGACUUGCUUGGACCAGUCAACGAGGUGCUGUGGCUGAGGGGGAGAAACUUGGUGUAUAGAAACGUCACAGUACAGAUAUCCUAUAGUAGCUUUUCUGUGUUGAACUUACACGUUUUUUAAGAGAACUAUUAUAGAAGAUGUUACAUUGCUCAAAUGGUGUAAGUCUUGCUGGUGUAUGUUCUAUGUGGUGACACUUUCCAAAACUACUUGGUAAAACAUGUCAGAGCGUGCGAGUCAGCAUUAUACUGUAAAUUUGUCCACAGCGAUAUGUAUCAUGCUGUAUUUUUGUAAACAUUGUGAUGGUUCCUUUCAAAUGUUUCAACAUACGAGAUUAACAAUACGGAUGCUUCAUUUUUAACAGUCUCAGGACAGAAUUACUGGACUGGACAGACCUCUCUCACUUAGUAGCCUGAAGAUUCUCCUGGAAUAUCUUGUAAGUCUAGCUUUACUUUUAGUGUAAAAAGCUUAGCCAGUGUCCUGGUACCACUCACAGUCCUGCACUCUCAUACUGUGCAAAAUAACCAAAUGUAUAGUUUUGUCCCAAAAGCCACCUAAGCGCUGGAAAUGGCUUUGCAGGUUUGGACCUUUCAUUCAUGAGCAAAAUCUUUCCCUCAACCGCUUGCGUGCAAUCACCAGUACAUGACUAGCAGCCACAGACAGGCAUCAGAAGAAGGGAGCUCAUCUCUUUUUGGAUUUAGUCUUGUUUUUAAAAUAACAACAGCAAAUAACAACAGCAUCUCCCUUGUUGUGGCCACUUGACUCCUGAGCCACCCAUCUCAUUUAAAAAACCCUCCACCACCACUCACUCCAAUUACCUGAGUCACAAGGCAUUAUAAAUUUACACACAUCAAAGCAUCGAGGUAGCCACAAGACGUUAGGCAUAACGCUCUGGAACCUGGAAUAACAGAUAGCUGUAAGCCCUCGUGCAGCGAGACACCAGGAUUGACACGCUGUGCUUUGCACACCAGCACAUCCCUUCUGUGCUGGCUGCUGGCAGCAGGCUGGCAGCAGGAAGCUGCUAUCCGUCAUGUCACUCCUGCACAUCCCAGGAGGAUAGAUCCUUGUCUUAUCCCUCCGUGCUCUUUAAUCUUACUGUCAUUUAUGUAUCUGCCUUCUCUCAAACUUUGUGUAGCAGUACCGCACGCCCAUCUGUGCCAACAUGCCUUCGCUAUAUUUUCUAUAACAAAUAUUUGUGGAGAAACUGUGAUUAAAAAACCAUUAAUCCUGAUAUUUUUAUUGUUAUGGUGUAGUUAAUUCUAUGAAUACUUUCUAACGAUGAUUGUACUGUGUAGAGUAAGUACAGGUUAGGGAUAGACCUUUACCAGAUAUUGUACAAAAAAAGUGCAUAGUGUAAUAUAGACUAGUAAGGUUUUUGUGACACUUUCUAUAGGAUGUGUGAAUUGUUUUCUAUGUGGCAACACACAUUUCUUUUAAAAAAUAUAAAAAAUUUAGAGAAUUUUUUAAACAGUCAAUAUUUUUUAAUUAUAAAGACAUUUGUUACCUGCAGUUUACUAUUUCAGGUGUUAAUCCUAAUUUGAAUAUUGGUUUUAUUACUACAUACCUCCAGUUCCAUUUGUUCUGUUGCAUAACAAUGCACAAUAAAAGUUGUCUCUGGUUAA